AUGUGCCAAGGUAACAGCCCCGAAAACAGCUUUGAUCCCAGACAUCUAGUCACUGGUGACGACGUAGGAGGGACUCUGCUGUACCAGUUGGGCCAUAUGUUGCUGUACCUUAUUAAUAACGAGUACUGGGAACUGGCAUGGAUCAUCCAGGAGCUUUUGCUUGGUGGUCAAGGCGUGGUCUUAAUUGGGCAAACCGAAAUCCCUUGGGACCGUCUUUUCCAGCACACGCGCUUGCUCUGUGAGCCUGACAACCAUUUAUCCUCAAUAAAACCAGAGUUCUUUGCCCAGUCACCGCUGGCAACUAUUGCUAGACACAGAAAGGAGGGCUCUGGAUUCACGCCAUUGAAUCUUCCAGAGCUCCUGUCUCAAUUCGGCAAUGUACGAUCGCAUGACUUUCACGAUCGGAUCUACGCACUAUUGGGGCUUGCAAAAGACAGAGAUCGGGUUACGGUAGACUAUGGUUCAACCAAAGAAGAUUUCUUCUUCGACAUUUGA